AUGUCUUUACAGUCUCCAAGGACAUUAUCACCUACCCCUUCUGCAGAAGGUUACCAAGAUGUUCGGGAUCGCAUGAUUCACAGGUCUACUAGUCAGGGCUCCAUUAACUCUCCAGUGUACAGUCGUCACAGCUACACGCCCACCAUGUCACGUUCCCCUCAGCAUUUUCACAGACCUGGCAAUGAGCCGUCCAGCGGUCGGAACUCCCCUGUCCCCUAUCGGCCCGACAGCCGCCCUCUCACUCCAACUUACGCUCAGGCCCCUAAACAUUUCCAUGUUCCAGAUCAAGGUGUCAACAUUUACAGAAAACCACCCAUCUACAAACAACAUGCUGCUUUGGCAGCACAGAGCAAGUCCUCCGAGGAUAUCAUCAAGUCCUCCAAGUUCCCAGCAGCUCAUGCACCAGCACCCAACGAGAUACCAAAGAUUGAGACAGACCACUGGCCAGGUCCUCCCUCCCUUGCGGCCAUAGGAGCUGACAUGAGACGCAGAUCAAGUGGAAGAGAGGAAGAUGAUGAGGAGCUACAGAGACGCCGGCAGCUGCAGGAGGAGCAGCUCAUGAAGCUCAACUCUGGUCUGGGACAAUUGAUAUUGAAAGAAGAGAUGGAAAAGGAGAGUCGCGAUAGGUCAGCCCUUUCUGCCAGUCGUUACGAUUCUCCAGCACAUGCUUCAGCCUCCAAAACGUCUUCUCUCCCUGGCUAUGGAAAAAAUGGACUUCACAGGCCGGUGUCUACAGAUUUUGGUCAGUACAACAGUUAUGGGGAUGUGAGUGGUGGUGUCAGAGAUUUCCAGUCCCUUCCGGAUGGUCAUGUCCCUGGAAUGAGAAUGGACAGAGGAGUAUCUAUGCCUAACAUGUUGGAGCCAAAGAUUUUUCCAUAUGAAAUGCUCAUGGUGACCAACAGAGGGCGAAAUAAAAUACUAAAAGAUGUAGACAGAACCAGGCUUGAGCGUCACUUAGCACCUGAGGUUUUUCAAGAAAUAUUUGGCAUGACAAUACAGGAGUUUGACAAGUUACCUCUCUGGAGACGCAACGACAUGAAGAAAAAAGCAAAACUCUUUUAAUCUCCCUUUAAACAAACCAACAACAAAUGACGCCUAGGGUAUUGUGUCAUACACUCCAAACUAUUUGGAAGCGACUACUUAUCCACCAAAAAGGGAAAACCAUAUAGUGGCACCUCUGUACACAGCAAUUGAACAAGAUGAACAUUUGACCUCCUGGAACAUAGGGAGAAAAAUAUCUGGGCUCAGAAACAACAAUGAUAGUUGUCAGAGGUGUCGACUUGGUACAUGAUAUUAUACAAGAUAGGAAACUGUUCUGUUCUUCUCCCUCAAUGAUACUCCCUUUACUUCUCUCCACAAUAUGAUGGACUUUAUUGCUAGAGCCAGGAAGUGCCCUUAGGAUGCCUUGUAGACUAAAGUAGUUGUAACCACUCCAAGAACUGGAAAAGAAUAUA